UGAAGAUAAUUUUGAGCGGGAAAAUCUUGGACGACAACCGAUUCUCAAUGCUCAAAAGAGCGGGAAUUAUAGAAUCUGAAGGAAAAAUGGUCGAUUGAAAUUCAUCGCCAGAAAUCCGAAGCAUCUACGUGGGGUUUAAGGUUUUUCAGAUUUGGGGUUUGGUUCAAAAUUCAUCAAAUGGAUGCGGAAAACGAGAGGCAAAGGGAAGUAAUUGUGGAUCUUGAUCUUGGGAGGGACUCGGAAGCUGUCGACCUCAGCGGCAAAGUUCAUCAGCUUCCCUGUACCGUUAAACUCGAUGGUCCUUGCUCUGUUUCUCACUAUUUCAAACCCAAAUUCACUGGAAUCGAGGUUGACGGUUUGAGCGUUGAGGAAGCUUAUUUCAGAGGAAGAAAGUUGCAAGGAGCUACCAUUUCCCUUCCAGAAGGUUACUCUGGCUUUGUGCUAGGGAGGAAAGAUCUUGGAAAGCGAAAAGCUUCUGAACAGUCUCAGGACUCUUGGGAGGUGAAGGCCAAAUUUGGAAACAUAACAUAUUGGAACCACAGCACCCUGCCUUCACAAGAUGAUAUGUUUCGGCGUUCUUUUCACUGGCUUACCGUUGCACAAGCAUUGCACCAACCGGUGACAGCAGAAGAUCUGGCAUCUGCAUCUACUGCUCACAAGAGCAUGAGUUGAUUAGGAUCAUUUCGUCAACUUGGUAGUUUGAAAUGAUUCCAUACUACUUCGAUUUACAUCUGGUCACAUUAUUAUCUCUUUAACUAAUUGAUUUAAUUGGUUUCUUCUCAUGAUUCUGAUAGUGGGGUAGAGCCUUGGGGCGGGCAUGGGUGUCCCUGGGUAUAAGAAAGCAAAGCUCCGACUCUCAGUUCUAAAAAAAAAUAGUGAGGGUAAUACAGAAGAACUCCAUACUGCAGUAGUAUUGAAAAUAUUGUUUAAAUCUUGUAAAACUAAUAUUUAUUGUUGACCUUUUGAAUACUCCCAUUUAGAAUGUUCUUAUCUAAAA